GGCGUCUCUGUCAGAUCAGUGUGUGUGUGGAGGCCGACCUGUGGCCAGUCAGACAGCAGACAGUGUGAGGGCAAAGUUUCCUGUGGAUGGUGUUUAUAUCAGCUGUUCUCUCUCACACUGACACGCACAGUCAGCUGGAAUCGCCCGGAGCGCACAGACCCGCUGAGCCGGUGUGAGGAGUCCGUGCAGCAUGUAGCCGCUGCUGUGGACAGCUGCUGUGUUGGUGCCCUCUUCUCUCUCUCUCUCUCUUUCUCUGUCUCUCUCUCUGUCUCUCUGCCGUGGCCCUCUGACUGCCCGCCGUCCCCUGCACUGAUCCGAGCCCCGGUGACCCUCCGGAGCCAUGGGUGGGAGUCUGGGCUGCCACCGCUCCAUCCCCAAAGACCCUACUGACUUCAGCUGCAGCAAGCGUAAAUACAGCGCAGCUUGUAACUUCGGCCACAUCUUGGUGAACCAGGAGCGGCUCAACAUCAACACUGCCACCGAGGAGGAACUCAUGACUCUACCGGGAGUCAACCGCACCGUUGCGCAGAAUAUCGUGGAGUACCGGGACUGUAUCGGAGGGUUUAAAAAGGUGGAGGAUCUGGCUCUGGUGAGCGGGAUCGGUGCCACCAAACUUGAGGUGAUCAAACUGGAAAUCUGUGUCUCCAGCAGGACCAGUUCGUCCCAGCACUCGCCGUCCUCGCUGCGCAAAGAUCUGGAUCACCAGUCCUGCACCGGGAUGAACAUUAACACCGCGACCCCGGCCCAGCUCAUGAGCAUCAGAUGCAUCACGGAGAAAAUAGCCAAGAACAUCGUGUCCUAUCGGGGGGAACACGGUCCGUUCAAGAACAUUGAGGACCUGGUGAGGGUCAACCACAUCAACAGCUCCCUGCUGGAUAAAAUCCGCUUCCAGGUGUUCGUGGAGCGCUCCAGAGCGCCGUCCACCAACACUAACGGAGGACUCACCUGCACCACCAAGUCUCACCCAAGCCCGACUUCAUUCAGUCUCAGGAGCGACGACCUGGACCUCCCGCCUGGAGGACCUACCCAGAUCAUCUCAGUGCGACCCAACGUGGAACCCCCACCCGGGCUGCGGGACGGGAAGCCCGUAGUGCGCGUGGCCACAUGGAGCCUGCAGGGCUGCUCCUGCGAUAAGGCCAACAACCCGGGGGUCAAGGAGGUGGUGUGCAUGACCCUGCUGGAGAACGACAUCAAGUUACUGGCAGUGCAGGACCUGCUGGAGCGGGAGGCUCUCGACAAGUUCUGUGUGGAGUUAAAUCAGGGAACACUGGCCAGCGUACGUAAGUGGAAGUGGCCGCGAGGGCUGUGGAAAAGUGUCGUGUCUGAAAAACCCACAGGACACUCCUGCAAGGGAGCGAGCUACUCUGGCUUUCUGUGGGACAGCUCGUCCGGUGUUGACCUGAAGGACGCUUUAGUCCUGGAGUCGCCGGUUGUCAACGGCAACGGGAAUCAUUCCUACCCUAAACCUUACCUGGCUCACUUUUCUGUUGGUUCAUAUGAGCUGAGUGUAGUGAACGUCCACAUCCAAGCCACGGCUGCACCAGGAGAGUCCAACGGCAAGAACCACAACACGGAAGAAGCCAAGUGUCAGCGGCUCUCACCCGGCAUCCAGGAAACACUCAAAGGUGAGAAGGAGCUGGUGGUGCUGGGAGACUUUGGUUCUCCUCCUCAGAGCUCAGAGCUGGACAUUCUGAGAAAGGAGAAGCUCUGUGCGCUGGUGCCAUCCAACCAGUUCACCAACAUCAGCACACGCUCACCGCAGGGCAGCCGCUGCCUGGACAACAUCUGGGUGAGCCGCUCCCUCAAGAAGAUCUACUCAGGCCACUGCAUGGUCGUGCGGGAGGGCUUGACCAACCCCUGGAUCCCAGAUAACUGGUCGUGGGGCGGCGUGGCAUCAGAUCACUGCCCAGUGGUCGCUGAGUUUUAUGCAGAUGUGGCCCCUAAGGAGCUGAGCAGGCCCGGUAUGGCAGUAGUGGACAGAGGAGACAUUAUGCCCAAACAUGAGCGGUGACAGCAUCUAAAGUCACAGUACAGAUGGGGGGGGGGGCGGAGGGCGGAUGACAUCACAAUGACUUUAUCCUGCCUCAGUCCUGCUUAGGUUUUUGCCGUGGAGCAAAGAGUUUCCUGAUGAAUGUGAAGAAGUGCCAAGAUUGCCUUUUUGGGUUUCAAUUUAUCACUGUAUAAUAGCAACUGAUGAGUUAUAGAGCCAUAAAAUGUUUUAACAAUAUAUAUAUAUAUAUAUAUAUGAUGUACUUUAAAAAGAAAUGUGCCAAACAUUUUCUAUAUGUAUAUAAAAUAAAGAUAAAUUGAUAGAUGUU